GUCAUAAAUUAUGGACAACGCCGAUUGGCUUGCGGCAACAAACUCAACUAUAAAUUGGCUCACGAAUCCAAUAUCCCAACUGUAUUUCCCGCAAAAGGUCUUGGAAAAGGAGGGGCCGCAAAAUUUAUCUUAAUCCAUUCAAGAAAAUGAGGUCCUCUGGCUUGAUCCUCUGUUUCUUUGCCUCCACUCUCAUCCAUGUCUCUGUCUCUCUUCCUUUCAUCCUACUCCAUGGUAUUGCAGAUCAGUGUGCCAACAAAGGAGUGAAGAACAUAACAGACCAGCUAACCGAGCUGUCGAAAUCAAAAGGAUUCUGCUUAGAAAUUGGAGAUGGAACAUGGGAUUCUUGGUUUAAGACACUUAGUGAACAGACAGAAAUUGCAUGUAAUAAGGUCAAGCAAAUGAAUGAACUGAAAGACGGUUACAACAUCGUUGGUCUAUCCCAGGGUAACUUGAUCGGGCGAGGUAUUGUGCAGCUUUGUGAUGGAGGACCACCAGUCAAGAAUUUUAUCUCCCUUGGAGGACCUCAUGCUGGCACUGCUUCAGUUCCUCUCUGCGGUAACGGCACAUUUUGCAUUAUCGCGGACAACAUAAUCAAAUCGGGGAUCUACACUGACUACGUCCAAGCACACUUGGCUCCUAGUGGCUAUCUUAAGCUGCCAAAUAAUAUUCCUGCCUACUUAGAUAAAUGUAGUUUUCUGCCCAAGCUCAACAAUGAGAUCCCUGAAGCGAGAAAUGCCACUUACAAACAACGGUUUACGAGCCUGCAAAACCUUGUCCUGAUCAUGUUUGAACAAGAAACUGUUUUAAUACCGAAGGAGACCUCUUGGUUCGGAUACUAUCCAGAUGGAACUUUCAAUCCGGUUUUGUCGCCACAGAAGACUAAGCUUUAUUCGGAGGAUUGGAUUGGUUUGAAAACGCUAGAUGAGGCCGGAAGGGUUAAGUUCAUCAAGGUGCCCGGAAAUCACCUUGGAAUCUCCACAGCCGACAUGAAGAAGCACGUCAUCCCUUAUUUACAGGAUGCAGCGUAGGACAUUUGAGCAAAGAUUUGAUCAAUCACAGUGUAUUGAUGUUGAAAGAAACCAUUAAGUAUAGAAGUUGCACACUGCAUACUUCUCAAUUCUUAGCAUGCCUGAGUAUUCUGCUGGCUUGUUUUGUAUGUGAACUUGCAUUCUUUGAAUGCAUGUUGUUAAGAUUAAAAGGAAUAAAAUUCAGCGUUGCAGUUGUACUGA